GCGGGAGUCAGUCUGGCCAUUUCUGAGUAGGAUGGCGCUGCUGCUGCUGCUGACUGACGUGCUGGUCCUGCUAGCCGUGUGCAGACCCACAUUACAGGGAGGGGUCUUCUUGCCUGCUGGAGCUGCGGUAGGAACUGAAGCAAGACCAGGGCUGGGAGCUGGAGGACUGGCCACAGGGGCCCAAGGUUUAGGUACUGGACUGGUACCUGGUGGAGUAGGAACUGGUGGACUACUGCCUGGUGGGAUAGGACCUGGUGGAGUAAUACCUGGUGGACUGAUUCCUGGUGGAGUUGGAGCUGGUGGUCCAGGUGGCCUGGGACUUGGAGCAGGGGUUGGUGUUAAACCUGGCAAGACAGGUGUAGGUACUGGACUGGUACCUGGUGGAGUAGGACCUGGAGGUCUAUUUCCUGGUGGAGUAGGACCAGCUGGUGUCGGAAUUGGUGGACUAGGACCUGGUGGACUACUGCCUGGUGGAGUAGGACCAGGUGGAGUAAGACCUGGUGGACUGAUUCCUGGUGGAGUUGGAGCUGGUGGUCUAGGUGGCCUGGGACUUGGAGCAGGGGUUGGUCUUAAACCUGGCAAGACAGGUGUAGGUACUGGAUUGGUACCUGGUGGACUAGGACCUGGUGGAGUUUUGCCUGGCGGAGUAGGACCAGCUAGUGUCGGAAUUGGUGGACUAGGACCUGGUGGACUAGUGCCUGGAGGAUUAGGACCUGGUGGACUCAUUCCUGGAGGAAUUGGCACUGGUGGCCCAGGAGGCCUGGGGCUGGGACCAGGUGUUGGUGGCAAGCCUGGCAAGACAGGCGAGUUAUUAUCUGAGUUCUGCAACCUUAUUGUCUCCGAGAGACUAUCAUAGAGAUUUCUGUCUGUUUUUUAGCAUUGUGUCAUUGGGUUUGGGUCCAAGGUGUUCGUACAAGAGUGAUACCUGGUGGAUUAGAUCCAAGUGGAUUAGGAGCUUGUGAAGUAGCAAAAACUUCACACAUCUCCAAGAUAGUGGACAGGAUUCUUUUCUGCUCUCCAUGGGAGUUGCUCUGCUGCAGCCACCCACAGGUAGGCUGCACGCAUAAGAAAGCGGAUGGAGGAAAGCCUUUGGGAGCAUUAACAUUGGCGGGGAACCAUUGGGGUCUACCCUGUUGGGUAUUGGAAUUGGUGUGCUGCUGAGGGUCGCUCGCUGCAUGGCAGCACUUAGGACUUAAUUUGCGGCAGCCCAUCUGGGUAAACACGUCU